CCUGGCAUAAACUGCUAUGCCAACAUGCAUGUAACGUCAACCAUGCACCGAAACAACAAGAAGAUGGGGGUGUACUUAGGGGCUCUGCUGCGGCUACUGGUACCCGAGCGAGUGCUUGCCAUGCCGCACCUCUCUGCAAGGGGCAUGCUGCUGCCAGGCAAAAUCGGGCUACCAAAGCCAAUUUAUGAAGCUGUCAAAGUGUACAUGGAGCAUCGGGGGCUCCAUCCCCAAAAUGGAUUUGCCAACGGUAUAAAUGUCAUCAUGGGCAGUUGUCGUCAAAAGAUAGCCCAGGAACGAAAUGCCGCAAGAGACAACAAAGCAUCUGAGAGAAUGACCAGCUGGCUCCGGCGCCCGGAAAACCAAGGAGUCGUGCAGCAACAAGGCGAGGCCAAUCACCACCAAAUCCAAUUCCCGGCCCAACCAGACCCAGCAGGUGUCGACCAGGAGUCAAGCUUCUCCACUCUCGUAUCCGCGAGUAUCAAUAUGGAGCAAUAGUGAUUACUGCAAUACUAAUAAUUACUGUAAUCAUUACUGGUUAACACAGUUCCUAAGUUUUAUCCACUUGACCUUUGAAUGUUUUUUAUUUUUAUUUCUUACCUUGACCAUGAAAUGUCCUUUUGUUUUUAUAUAAAGACCAUAUGAAGUGUUAUUUUGUAAUAGCAGUUAGGUUCAACAAAUAUUGAAUGUUUACUAAAAAAGAUUAAUAGUUCAAAUUCACUGCGACACUAAAACCUUUCAAUGGCUACCUCGUACACGCAGCUCAAAUCCAUGCGCCCCCCACCUUCCCCACCCCCACGGCGGGCGCGCUUUCAUGGCGCACUGUAAAUAUUUCAUACUAUCACGCACCGGGCUACCCCUGACGCCUCCCGUUGCGCUCGCUAGGACGUCUAAAAAGUUCCUGGGUCUUAUUAAAAAUAUAUUGCAAUUCUACAGCUGAACAUUUUACAGGCUUUUGGGGAAAAAAACAACCAUAUCCGAAAGCCAUGAUUUUGGUUGAAGCUGUAGUUUUACGAGGAAUGUUGUAAUUUAUGUGAAGUAAUGGGCGCACUGUAAAAUUACAGCAGGGUUGUAAAGUUAUCCUUAUUUUUACAAAUCCACAGGUUUUCGUGGGUAACUGCUUUGCAAAGUGAAGUCCGGGCUUAAAUUUGUAGACAUAAUCCAAAACAACGUCCUCAAAUGAGGAAAAAACUCACGAUAAAUGCAUGAGAAACACCCAGUUUUCAAUAUUGAAACGGAAAAAAUUCAAAAUCUCCGAAAUAUUUAUAUGACAGC